CCUUAUCCAUGGUUAUUUUAAUAACACCCUUUUCCAAAAGUCUGAACAUCUUAGAAUCCGUUUCAUCCCAACACAUAAUGGAGGCCUUCCUUAAGGAUUUUCAGUAUCUUGAAAUCGGACUUGAAGAGAUAAAGUCGGCCACCAACACCUUUGAUAAAAGCAAACUUAUCGGAGAAGGUGGAUUCGGGAAAGUAUACGAAGGAGUAGUCAGUCACUCGAAAGGGAAAAGCAAGGUUGCUUUCAAGCGUUUGGAUAGUACUUGUGGCCAAGGAGACCCUGAGUUCUUGAAAGAGAUCUUAAUGCUUUCUCGUUACACACAUGAAAAUCUCAUCUCUCUCCUGGGAUUUUGUAACCAGGGUGGUGAGAGGAUCCUUGUGUACGAGUAUGCAUGUCAUGGAAGUCUUGAUCGCCAUAUAAGAAGCGUUGCUCUCACAUGGAGACAACGUCUCAUGAUAUGCGUUGACGCUGCAACCGGACUUUGCUACCUUCAUGAUCCCAAGGAGACACACGAAAGAGUUAUCCACCGUGAUAUAAAAAGCUCCAACAUUCUACUCGAUGAGAGUUGGAAUGCCAAAGUUUCUGACAUGGGACUUGCGAAAAUAGGACCCGCUAAUCAAAAUCAGACCUUUCUUGUCUCCAAUGUUGCAGGUACCUUGGCAUACGUAGAUCCGAUAUAUAUGGAGACGAGCAUCUUAACAAAAGAGUCGGAUGUUUACUCUUUUGGGGUUGUCUUGCUAGAAGUAUUGUGUGGGACACUAUGCUUUGAAUAUAGCAAUAAUGGUACUCGUAAGGGGUUAGUUAGAACGUGGAAAAAGAGCUACAAAGUAAAAGACUUUGAAAAGAUUAUCUUUAAAGACAUGAAACAACAGAUGGAUCCGAGGUCAUUGGAAACAUAUUCAUCUAUUGCUUAUGAAUGUUUGAAGAAAUCUCGUGAAAAACGGCCAGAGAUGUAUCGGGUUGUGGAAGAACUUAAUGUUGCGCUUCGGUUUCAAGAGAAUUUUGAAGAGGUCGAACCAGAAAUGAACUAUGAAGAGGUGCGUAAGUCAGCAAGGUUUAAAAAAACAAAAGAGAUGUGUAAGUCCGCAGUCCCUUCUCUGGCAAACAGAUCCGACGAGGAACUAAAGAUCCUUCUUGCUGAAGGAAUUUUUCUUAACCAUGGCAAAACGUGGUUUUGUUUAAAUAAGAAUGGAGAACAUUGUGAAAUGAUAUCCGCACAAGAGUGUUUCUAUCCUAUUAUCCUUAAACCUCGAGUUACUGGAUUUUAUGCCAAGGAAAAAACAAGAUUUGAAAAGUACAUGAAUACAAAGAUUUGUUCUGAUUUCAAAAUACGUGUCAGAACACAGUAUUUGUCACCACAGAAUCUUCAACCCGUGGAGAUAGUAAGCCAACAAAUUCUGGAACAUCAAGUAUUAGAGGAUAAGAGGGAGGUAGAUAUGCUGGAGGACAUGUCUCAUUUAGAUGCAUAUUGGAAUGAAAAAUUACCAAGUGAUUAUGAAAACAUAAUUAAGUUGUCUAAAGAUAUGUUGCAUUGGAAAACAAAGAAGGAACUAUAUUCUAUUCUUUACAAAGGGUUCCCUAUCCAGAUCGAAGGCGAAGAGUGGUUUUCACUUGACAAAGACGGGAAGCAAUGUGUUAUGAUACCAGCAACAGUGGCUUUGAAAAGAAAAAAGUGGAGUUGGCGCUCUUUACCCGAAUCAAGAUUUGAAGAAGUCGCUUUUGAUCCUACUUGGAGCUUUACUAUACGCUGUAAUACCUCCAAUAUGCUAUCAGCUCAAACAUGUUAUGGAGCUUACCUUGUUUACAAAUUACAAGAAAACCAUUCUGGAUUUGAGCGUCCUUUAAAGUCAUCAGACGAAGGGCUUAUGAAAAUACCCACAACCCAUUGA